GCCAAAAUACACAUAAAUUGUAAUGUGGUAGUACAUAUUAGAUACAUUUGUCCAUAGAGCUUUGGGGCUCAGGGGGACAAAGGGCUGUAAGUCCAAGAUAAACCCAGCACCUAGGCGAGCUCGAACGCAGCGGCGCCCCCUGGCGGCACCCUGGCUUUCCGGGAAUCUGCCCACAGCCGGGAAGCCUGGAGAGAGGACACAGCUCAGUGAAGAUGUCUCUGUCCCAGACUGAGCGCGCUCUGGUUCUCGCGCUAUGGAAAAAGAUGAGCACCAAUGUUGGAAUCUACACGACCGAGGCCUUGGAGAGGUAAAGGCCCCCGUCGGGCGCCCUCGGGCUCACCUUCCAAUGGACGGCCGGGCAAAGGCGGGUUCUCUACACCUCCCGGCCAGGAUGCACCCAACUCAGUUUUCCCACAGGACCUUCAUGGCUUUCCCUGCCACCAAAACCUACUUCCCACACUUCGACCUGAGUCCCGGCUCUAGGCAGGUUAAAGCCCAUGGCCAAAAGGUGGCUGAUGCUCUGACUCUCGCUGCCCACCACCUGGACGACCUGCCUGGUUCUCUCUCUGCUCUCAGCGACCUGCAUGCUCACAAGCUCCGCAUAGACCCCGCCAACUUUCAGUUCUUCAGCCACUGUCUGCUGGUGACUCUUGCCCGACACUAUCCUGGGGACUUCAGCCCAAUGAUGCACGCCUCCCUAGACAAGUUCCUGAGCCUUGUGACUUUGGCACUGGUCUCCAAAUAUCGCUGAGGAUGAAUCCUGGGAUCCCAAAGCAAGGUUCCAAGAGGCUGGAAUUUCAGCCAAGCUGGAGUCAUAGACCUCCCGUGAAAGCGGGCAGGUCUUUGUAUUGUGGUUUGGUUUUUAGUUUGUUUUGUUUUUGUUUUUUGAUAGGAUUAAUGGUCUUGUGUAACCCAGCCUGGCCUCUCAGAUCCAUAAUUUAGACUAGGCUGGUUUUGAACUCCCAUC